AUGGCGCGAUCCCCGCUUGCGCCGCCGUUGUCGGCCGCGCCGGUGACCGCCUACGACCCCUUUAUCGAUCUUGGACGACUGCUGAGCCGGUUGGACCAGAACAUCCUGCGGGCCGACGGUGACCGGUGGCAACGCCUGGUGACGGACGAGUUCCAGCGGCUGCAGGCGCGGUUUGAUGUGACGGCUGCGCGCAGUCUCCUGGCGCGGGUGGAGCAGGACGCCUCGACCAUCAAGGCGGCCUCGCGACGACAGGAAGUGCAGGACGAGCUCAGCCGGCGGCGCGAGCUGGUGGAGCGGCUGCAGGAGCGGCUGGACGAUCUGGACGAGGAGGCGCGCGCGGCCGCCGCGAUGGACGCGGGAGGGGCAGUCGACGAGGUCCGCACAGCGACAGCAGACGACGUGCUUGUGCCCCUAGACGCGCAGCCGGUGUCGGGACAGGCUGGCAAGCCGGCCAAGGCCACAGAAGCCGGACCACGGCCGGAAUCGACGAGUGCGCAUGCUGGCCGAGACACAGCGACACGCAGGAAAAAGGGACGUAUAGCACAGGCGACUGUGACCGCGACGAUACGCGCAAGACGGGGAGGCCGGCGAUCAGCCAAGACCGACUGCGACCGGGGCCAGUCGACGUCGGCCCAGGCAGCCGAGGGCGUGGAGGCGGCCACGACGGCAGAGCUGCGCAGCACGCUCCUGUCGACGACCGGCCGCGGUGGCGAUGGCGACGGCGUGGCGGCCGAGGAGGUGCUGCUGGACCACCACCGACACGAGCAGGAGGUGCUGUCGUCCGACAUCUUGCGGCUGGCCCGGGCGCUCAAGGAACGGUCGCUGGCGACGUCGCGGCUGCUCGAGGACGACAAGGACGUGGUCGACCGCGUGGGCGAGGGCCUGCACACGACCAACGAACACCUCUCGGCCGCCGGCCGCAGCAUGGCGCUGCUGACUCGCAUGACUGAGGGCAAGGGCUGGUGGGGCCGCAUGAUGCUGUUCGGCAUGGUCUACGGACUGAUGUUGGUCCUGCUGCUGCUCUUCCUCUUCCUGCCAAAGCUGCGGUUGUGA